ACGGUUAAGACUUAAGGCCUGCCAACAUUGGCAUCAUUUCUUGAAUGAAAGUGAUGGUGCCAGGUGAUUAAAAUCAAAUAUUGUUAUUUAGUUGCCAAAUUUAAUUCUGUUUUGUUGAGGCCUGAGGGAUUAAUAGAUUAGAUUGAAUUUUGAAAUAUGGAAACCCUCAUGCCCCAAUUACUGUAACUUCAACGUGCCUAUCACCACCUUGAUUGUAUAAUUUCAGCGAUACCCACAAUUCAGCUGCUACCAAUUUUACCCGGAAACCCAUAUUGCGCAGAACCCAUGUGGUUGUCAAGGCUGAAGAGCUUAAGAGUUGGGACAAUAGUCUCUGGAGUUGCUAAUGUAAUGGUAGUCAUCGUUGGUGGGAUUAUUAUUUUUGCUGCGUUUCCUUCUUGCGAUGGCCACAAAAUUUUCCCCAUUGGGAUUGUUUCAGUGGCUGCUGGGGUUAAAUUUUGUGCCAUGAUUAAAACAGGGAUGGCACAGGAAGCCACUGCCAAAACCGUGCUUGAGUCUGCUGCUGAUACCAUUAUUCGCCACGAAAGAAGGAUGAGGUACAGAACAUGGCUUUGGUGGACCCGUUUUGCAAUAGGAAUUGCAUUUUUUCAGGUUGUUGGUGCAACUUACCUGAUGUUUAACAUGGCUAAAUAUGUUUCUGAUGAUGGAACUUCAAGUGGUUGUAUUUUAGCAGGAGUGGCUUCAAAUGGUAACUGGUGGAUGAAAAAGCUACUGGUGGUGUUUGUGAUCAUGGUUUGUUUUGUAGCACUAGUGCAGUGUUUUUUAGGUUCUGAUGUUUUAAGAUGGAGGUCCUUUUAUGCAACCCAAGAUGAUGUAUGGAGAGCUCACUAUCAUGAAGUAUUUAAUCAUGGCAUUCGUGAGAUACUGUGCUGUUUCGGACGCAUUCAAUACUUAACUGUCUCAGAGGAAGAUGAAAUAUAUUCAGUGGCAAAAUUACUUGGUGAUCUUGUUUCUUAUCGAGCAUCAGGCACGGGUCAUUUGGAACUUUUGGCAGGUUUGGCUUUAUUGCAGAGGCAUAGCCAAUCCUCAGGAUCAUAUGAAGGAUUUCCUGAGGCACCUCAAGAACGGCUUAAGGAAGGUGCUGCUUUUCAUAAAUUUGCUGAAGCUGCCUACACGGGACCAUUACUUGAUGUUGGAAGAAAUCCUAUAUUGUUUCCUUGUGCAUGGCUUUAUCGGCAAGGAGUUUUGUCUCCAUGGACUCGUAGCAGGCGACCAACACUUGAUGGUGAUAACUGGUGGCGAGGUCACGCAGCAGCCUUUCUAAAGUACGUCAAAUUAUCCCCAAAUGUACUUCAGCGAGGUCGUGUGAAUCAGGAAGAAUGUAAAGCUGCAUACUUUAUUUUGGUUUUACAUCAUCUAAAAUCGGUCGUAAUUGCUGUACGAGGAACUGAAACUCCUGAAGACCUAAUAACUGAUGGUUUAGGCAGGGAAUGCCUCCUCUCUGCUGAAGAUUUGGAUGGGUUAAUGAACAAUAGUCAUAUUCACCCAGAUGUAAAGCAAAGCGUGGAAUCAUCUUCCCCGCACUAUGGGCACCGGGGUAUAGUUGAGGCUGCACGGGAGCUUUAUAUGCAAGUUGAAGGAAAUCCUAUAAAUGAUAGUCAUGAUUUUGGUUCAAUUGGAUUCCUUUCCUCAUUACUAGGAGCCAGAUGUGAGUGUGACGGUUACAAUGUGCGAUUAGUAGGACAUUCUUUGGGAGGUUCCAUUGCUACAUUGCUAGGACUGAGACUAUAUGGUCGAUUCCCAAAUUUACAUGUAUAUGCUUAUGGUGCCCUUCCAUGUGUGGAUUCAGUGAUUGCAAAUGCUUGUACAGAAUUUAUUACUAGCAUUGUACACGAAAAUGAAUUUUCUGCACGCCUUUCAGUUAGAUCGAUCAUGCGGCUACGUGCAUCUGCGAUAAUGGCACUGACACAAGAUACCACAACUGAUACAGCAUUGAUUUUCAGACUUGCACGCCGGUUUCUCUAUGCAAGCAAGUAUCAAAUAAGUAGAACUGUGGCAAACAAUUCUGCAGAAAAUCAUUCUGAGAUCAACAUUCCUGAGGAUUUCAAUAACCACAUCUAUCAGGGAGCCAAGAAACCAAAUAGAGAGUGUUCCCUUUUGAUUGAGGAUGACUCAAGAGAAGAUAAUUUUGAAAUGGAUGGUGAUAAUUUUGUUAAUCCCUACCACAACAUUGCUGCUGGUGCUAGUCCAUCAGGUGAUCCUGUGUCUUGUUUGAUGGAAACUGUCUCUAGAACUGAGAAUGGGUCAGCCACAAAUCCCACCGAGCUGUUUUUGCCUGGCCUCAUAAUUCAUGUAGUGUUGCAACAACAAAACUCGAAUAUUCCGCUGUGGGCAAGCUGGAGAGCCCAAAAGAGAAGAAACAAUUACAAAGCUUUUAUAGCAAACAGAGAAAAUUUUACAGAUAUAGUUGUAUCACCAUCUAUGUUCCUUGACCAUAUGCCCUGGAGAUGUUAUCAUGCCAUGCAAAAUGUAUUGGAAGCUCGUGCUGCGCAAGAAUCCCAAGCUGUAGUGGCAGAUGAACCUCGAAUUCUGUGAUAUAUAUUCUACAAGUCGUAACUCUAGGAGAGUCUCCUAAAGGUGGUGUUUGGGCUUGGAAAUUGAAUGUGUCUCUAUCUUGAGUUGGGGUGGAUUUCAAACCAAGCCAGCUUGGUAUUCAACUUGAACAAGUCGAGAGACCACUACAAAAGGAUCAACUUGUCAAUUUGGAGUUAGGCUCGAGAUUGAUGCCUCACCAACGAUUCAUUUUACUUUUUUCUAGCGAUUUUUUUCUUCUCUGGCAACACUUUUCCUCUGACGUUAUUGCUCACUAACUCAAGUUGGUCAUUUUGCAUUCGAGCUAAGCUUGAACUAACGCUUGUUCAGGUUUGGCUUCACUCAAAUCCACCUGUAAUCUUGAGCUUCACUUAAUUUGUUAAGCGAAUUAAGCUAACUUAAACUAAGUUGGAUCCUACUUUGAGUAGUUUCUUAAUUAUUUGACAUGAAAAACUACUUUGGCAAAUGCAUUAUAUAGAAGUGUUUUUACUACUA